AGGCCCGCGGGCGGCGGCGGCGGCGGAGCUGGGCAGGUUGCUGCGGCUGGAAGAUGGCUCCCUCGGGCCCGGGCAGCGUCAGGCGGCGGUGCCGGCGGGUGCUCUACUGGAUCCCGGUGGUGUUCAUCAGCCUGCUGCUGGGCUGGUCCUACUACGCCUACGCCAUCCAGCUGUGCAUAGUGUCCAUGGAAAACAUUGGUGAACAAGUUGUGUGCCUGAUGGCCUAUCAUCUGCUUUUUGCAAUGUUUGUCUGGUCGUACUGGAAAACUAUCUUUACAUUACCAGUGAAUCCUUCAAAAGAAUUCCAUCUCUCUUAUGCAGAGAAAGAAUUGUUGGAGAGAGAGCCAAGAGGGGAAGCCCAUCAGGAAGUUCUUAGGCGAGCAGCCAAAGAUCUUCCUAUCUAUACCAGGACCAUGUCUGGAGCAAUUCGAUAUUGUGACAGAUGCCAACUCAUAAAACCAGAUCGCUGCCAUCACUGUUCCGUCUGUGAUAAAUGUAUUUUGAAAAUGGAUCAUCACUGCCCAUGGGUGAACAAUUGUGUUGGAUUUUCAAAUUAUAAAUUCUUCCUUCUUUUCUUGGCUUACUCUCUGCUGUACUGCCUUUUUAUUGCUGCUACAGAUUUACAGUAUUUUAUCAAAUUUUGGACAAAUGGCCUACCUGAUACUCAAGCCAAGUUCCAUAUUAUGUUUUUAUUCUUUGCUGCAGCUAUGUUUUCUGUCAGCUUGUCUUCUCUGUUUGGCUAUCAUUGUUGGCUAGUCAGCAAAAAUAAAUCUACAUUAGAGGCAUUCAGAAGUCCAGUAUUUCGACAUGGAACUGAUAAGAAUGGAUUUAGCUUGGGUUUCAGUAAAAACAUGCGACAAGUUUUUGGUGAUGAGAAGAAGUAUUGGUUGCUACCCAUUUUUUCAAGUCUAGGUGAUGGCUGCUCCUUUCCAACUUGCCUUGUCAACCAGGAUCCUGAACAACCAGCUACUCCUGCAGGACUGAAUUCAACAGCUAAAAAUCCUGAAAAUCAUCAAUUUCCUGCAAAGCCAUUGAGAGAGUCCCAGAGCCACCUUCUUACUGAUUCUCAGCCUUGGACAGAGAACAGCACAAAUCCAGGAAAAGGCAAAGCUGGUAUGAGCAAUCCUGCAUUAACUAUGGAGAAUGAGACUUAAAUCUUCAAGCAAAAUAAAUUCAUAUUUUAUAAAAGUAAGAUACCAGUGCUGUAGAAGAAUGGAAGAGGCUUCCCACAGGAAGGUGCCAUCGGCCAGUUGUUCCUAUAUUCAUUUGGCUAGAUGGAUACAAAGCUUUCUUUUUCUUUUUUUCCUCUCUUUUCUUUUUUUUAAUCCUCUCCUUUUUCUUUCUUUCUUUCUUUAUUCCAGUGCUGGUGAUAGUGCCCGGGCCUUGCACAUGCUAAGCAAGUGCUGUCCCACUGAGCACCAUCCCCAUCCCUGGAUCUACAGAAUAUUAACUGGUUAGUUAGCCCUUGCUUAAAGCAUACCACAUUUAUUGUUAUAACUAUCAGCAUCCUAUUAAGUAUUAAACAUAGUUAUGGCUUAUGAAUCAAAGGGGAAAUAAAUUCUAUCAAAAACUGGGAAUAAAUUCAUGGGCUAAUUUUUACCCAAAGAUUUGGGUUGCAUAGUUUAUCAUAUAGAAAGCCCACUGAUUGUCUGAGUUUCUGAUUCAGAAAAUUGAGACUAAUAUUGUUUAAGAUUUAAAGUCAUAUUAUAAUGUUAGGCUUUAUUUAUAAAACUUACUAGUUACUUUUAAGAGAAAGUGUCAAAAAAUCAGACUUUAUUUUUUUUCUCCCCUUGAUGUGAAUCUGGCCUCAGACUAUAAGUGAACUGUAGUUAACUGUGAAUUCAUUACAAAGUCUAAAUGGCCUACAGUUGAAGAUCACUAAACAUUUUUGCUAGAUUUUCAUUCUAAUUCUAAUCUUUGUUCCCUGCUAGAAAAUAAGUGUAAAAUUGAAGCUUGAACUAACUGAUACAGCAAUUGGCUAGAAAACUUUUGUCAGAACUAAUAUAGUGUUUUGACAAAUUUUGUUACAUCAGAAAUGUAUUUUCAUCUCUUCUAAUCUUAAAACAGAGGGGGGUAAAAUCUGUGAUAACAAUUAUGAAAUUUGUUUAUAAUAUUCUUUAGUUUUGCUUUUUGUUUUGUUUUGUUUGUACCGGGGAUCGAACUCGGGUCCUUACGCUUGCACAGCAGGCGGUAAAACCACUGAGCUAAAUCCCCGGCCCUAGUUUUGCUUUUAUAAAAUCUCUUUUUAGGUUAUUUCUCCUGUUAAAUAUAGUGAAAAUAUUAAAUCUCUGAUAGGAAUUCCUGAUGGAUCGUUGGAUUAACCUUGAAAUGAUAUUUAUAUUAUUUCUGUAUUCUCAUUAAAACUAUGACAGUUCACUUAUAUUUUUCCUCAAAUACCCAUUAAGAUUAAAUUAUGCAAAUCAUUAAACAAAAAUCAUACACUUUUAGAAGUUUAGCUCAAUAUGAACUAAAUGGUGAACUGUUUGGAAAUUUAGUUUAAGAUAAACUAAAAUAAUGUGUUUAUUGAUGCCAAAAUGUUUGGCUUCAGUAAGUAUACUCAGAAGCUCUUGUGCCUUGUACGCACUAUUUACAAAAUGACAGUAACUUAUUUUUUAAAAAACAAUAUUGAAUAGAGUGUAAGUUUUUAAAAUGUUAACAAUUAGGAUAAACUGUAUACUUUCUUUGGUACUAAUUUGAGAAAUUAAAGCAGAUUAUGUUUUAAACUCAGCUAAGUAAAUGGUCUAAACAAAAGUCUAACACAUCACAAAAUAAAAGACCAGGACAUAAUGGAGUAAAAGAUCCUUGUAGUUACUCAUCCUUACUAAAAGUAUGAAGAAUUUCAUAUUAAAUGUGUUUAUGGAAGAACCUGUCAAGCAAGUCCAUUUUGUAGUUCAUUUGAGUACUUUUUUUAAACAGUAGGAUGGUAGUUUUUUCACAUUUUUUUAAGCUAAAGAGUUUGAUGACAAUCAGCUUGAAGAAAUCUCAGAAGAUAUGACACAUUUUCACUUUUACCUUCAAGUAUUUUUUGGUCACUUAUUAUUACCUGAAGUGCCAGACUGGAACCUAUAACUCCUGCUAGAAAGUCUUAAGGGCAACAGUAUCAUAUGAUUAAUUAUAUGCAAGCAGAUUUUUUGAAAGCACAGUGCUUACUAUACCUGUUUUCCUGGACAGGAUCAAACUGGAAGCCAAGGAAAAAUAAGAGGGAUUUUAAUCUUUUACUCUAUUACAAUAUUGUUAAUUUUCCUCCCUUUAGGUCUUUUAUGUACUUUCUUAAAUACAUAAGUCAACACACAUUAGAAUGAGAUUUGAAAAUAUUAAGAAAUGAAUAAACUUUUUUUCAUCACCUUG